CAUUCUACGCUUCCGAUUGAAAGGGGUGGCGGCAAAUAAUAACAACAAAGCGGGGUAUGCAACGGGCAGACUCUCACUGGUGAAACAUAUUUAUGACAGCUAUUGCUAGAUAAGUCAGUUAUCUACAAGUUUAGCAAGACAACCAGAUACACUUUGUUAGAAAAAUAAAACUAGCUAGUCAGCUAACUAGCCAGUCUAAGUUACACAAAUGUCAUUAUGACAUCGAAAUCCGACCAACUUCUCAUCGUGGUGUCCAUCCUUGAAGGUCGUCAAUUCCCAAAGAGCCAGCGCCACGACCUUAUAGUACAUGCAAAGUUUGAUGGGGAGCAGUUGGCUACAGACCCUGUUGAUCACAAGGAGCAGCCUCAGUUCUGCACAGAGUUGGCCUGGGAACUUGAUCGCAGGACCCUGCACCAGCACAGACUCCAGCGCACACCCAUCAAACUACAGUGCUAUGCUGUUGAUAGUACCACAUCUGUGAAAGAGUGUGUUGGAUAUAUUAUUCUUGAUUUAAGAUCUGUGCAAGAAAUCAAACAGGCUCCUAAAUGGUAUCCCUUACUAAGCAGCAAGUACACCAAGUUGAAGCCAGCCAUUCUGCUCACCAUUGCACUGGAGAAUGACACCAAACAAACAGAGCUGACACAAGAACGAUUCAAGGCCAAAAAAGCACCACCAAGACAAGGUUCUCCUGUGUUGAGUAACCUUUUGCCAGAGAAACUAGAGGCUGUUCUGAAAGAGGAUGAAGGAUAUCACCAAAUUGGACAUGAAGAUCAUUGCACUGACUUGUUUGUUUUGUCAGUUACUGUGGCCUUUGCUACCAAGCUGGAACAGUUGAUUCCCAGUACGAUGAAGCUGGCCGGUGAAGGGUCUGAGUUUUUCUUCUAUUAUACCCUGCUGGGUAAUGACAUCACCAGUGAACCUUUCCAAAACCUGAUGAGCCCCAGCUUUGAGCCAGAGAGGGCCUCGGUCCGAAUCCGCAGCAGUGAUCCGGUUCUACUGGCCUUUCUCAGCCUGCAGCCCAGUCUUCAGGUCCACCUCUGCUGUGGGAACCACUCCCUUGGCAGCACAGAGGUCUCCCUGGCUGGCCUGGCUAAGAGCAGUGUGGACCUGGAGAAGCAGGUGGCCACAGUGGAGGGGGCCUUCAUCCUCCGGCCUCCUAACCGAGCCAAGCAAAGCUUGCCUCCUGUCCCCAUUGAUCUGCAGCCCACUGUGGGGGUGUCCGUCACACUCAGGAGAGAGGCUCUCACUACUCCGGUGGGAGGUAAUGCAGAGGGAGGAGAUGGUCCUCUGAUUCCACUGAAGACCGGGACUGUGGCGCCCGUCAUCCCUCCAUCUCCCCCUGCUGAAAAGAGGCCCCGCACCCCCUCACCUGGCAUAAAGUCCCCUGUUAAGUCUCCCACGUACCUAGCUGAGUCCCCUCCCAACCCCCGCACCGAAAGCGAGGCUGACAGCCUGCAGGAAGAAGUAGCCUCGCAGGCUCAACAUCUCCCAACUGGUUCUGUCCUUGCCCCAUGCCAGGAGGAGGUGGAGUACAAGCCUGAGGGAGGCCUGUCCUCGGUCAGCGUCUCUGCACCAAAGAUAGCCAUCCCCUCCUCAGCACAUCACUACUGUUUCUCCAUGGACCUGCGCAGCAUCCGCAACCUAAACCUGGGCUUCCCCGUCAGCUGCACACUCAGGUAUGCGUACCAGUUUUUCGGGAGUGCCGCCCCCAUCAUGACCAACCCCCCGAUGGAGGUGAAGAGGAACAUGGAGGUGUUCCUGCCCCAGUCGUACUGUGCCUUUGACUUUGCCGCUCUGCCUCACCAACUCCAGGACACCUUCCUCAGGGUGCCCCUAGUGGUGGAGGUGUGGCACAAAAAUCCCAGCUCCAGAGACAUUCUCCUGGGCACGGCCAGCAUUCAGCUGUCCCACCUCCUGACUGCAGAGAAGAGCCGCUUCCUGGGCCCCACGGGCCAGCAUCACUGGAGGCAGACCUUCUCCGAGAGGAUCCAAGUCAUAAAGGCCCAAGGGCCCAGUGAAACGGUGGCUGACCUGUACUACGUCACAACCCUGGAGGACCUUGGUUUAGUCAAGGUCCAAGAUAUCCUCAUAUCCGAGUCCUCCCAGAAUGGGAAUCCUGUGGCACAGAAGACGGUGCCAGCUCCGCAACCAGCUCCUCCCAGCAAUGCAGGUGGAGUCCCCCGCGAGACGCUGGAGUACAGGGCUGCCCUGGAGCUGGAGAUGUGGAAGGAGAUGCAGGAGGAUCUCUUCGAUGACCAGCUGAAGAAGAAAGAGCUGGGCCACAUGCAGGCGCUGGCCGAGGAAUGGAAGAAGAGGGAUCGGGAGCGCGAGUCUCUGGUCAGAAAGAAGGAGGCAGAGUACAACAUCUUGGAAGAGCAGCUUCAGAAGACUCUGGCUGACUUGGAGAAGAGAGAGAAGCAUUUAGCCCAUGCAGAAAUGGAGAUGCAGCGCUUGCAGAGGGAGAUGCGUGCUGAGCAUGAGUUAAGCAUGCGCAAGCUGCAGGAGAGCGGCCAGCGGCUCCGCGAGGACUGCGCUCACCAGUUGGAUCUGGAGAGGUCAAGGGUCAGGCAGCUGGAGGAGGAGCAUGGCAGGCAGCAACAGCAGAUGCUGGAUGCAGAUAACAAAUACAAACUGCUGGAGAAGGAGUACCAGCAGUUUCGGGAGCAGCAGAGCAUUCGCCCUGAGAUCAGACUACAGUCUGAGAUCAACCUGCUAAGUUUGGAGAAGGUGGAACUUGAAAGGAAACUGGAAUCCACAACAAAGUCGAAACUUCAUUACAAGCAGCAGUGGGGGCGUGCUUUAAAAGAACUGGCCAGGUUCAAGCAGAGAGAGCAGGAGAGCGCCAUGACACGGCUGAAGAAGCAGCAGCAGGAGCUGGAGACCAUGAGGCUGCGCUACCUGGCAGCCGAGGAGAAGGAAGCCGUCAAAAGCGAGAAACACGAGCUGGAGGACAUCAGGAACGAGCUGAACAGGUUAAAACAACAGGAGGACAAGAGGCCGUGGGGUAGUGACUCUGCCGGCCCCGCCGUGUCUCUCAACGAGAGCGCCGACGAUCACCUCAGCCGGCUUCUGGAGGAGAGAGACACUCUGUUACGCACGGGUGUGUACACACACCAAGACCGCAUCAUCAGCGAGCUCAACAGGCAAAUCCAAGAGGCCAUGGCACACAGAGUGGCCCACUGACCACUAGUCUAGCACCUCAUGCUAAUGCAUGUUAGAAAACCAGCCAUCGGACUCGCCUAAAUGUGAAGUGUCUAUCAAUUCCUAGUGUGCCAAAUGGUCUGAAUUGGACUAUCAGAUCACUUCAAGCUCCAGGGACAGUAGAAAGCUAGCAUAAGGGAUUGACUUUGUUUUGUGUAAGUGUUUUGUGUUUUUUGUUUUUUAAGUACAUUUUGGCUUUCUUUGUUACAUUUGUAAUAGGCUAUAUUAUCUGUUUUAUACUAUGGGCUAAUAUCCACAUUUUAGAGAUGAUUGUGAAACGGGAAAGGCCCAAAUUAUUUUAUUUUACCAAGCAUUACAUUCCAAAUGUCUAUGGUUUAAAUUAUUAGAACGAAAGAGGUCACUCUAGUGGUUGAAUGUUCGUUGGUGUGUUUAUACUGAGUGAGUUGUCUGUAGACACCAGAUGGCGCUGUAACAUCAGCAAAGCUACGUGUAAAUAUACUAGUUAUUCUUAUUUUUUCAGAUCCAGAAUUAGUGUGUUAAAAGUAUUUAUUGUUUGUCAUGACUAACAUGCAUAGACUACUCUUGAAUGUAUAUUGAUUUGUGUGUAUUAAAUACAUUAUUUGGGGAUUA